AUGGAGAACCGCGUUGCAGAGAAUGUGCUGGGCACACUUGGUGCGGUCUGUUGGUCUAUCCAGCUUCUUCCACAAAUCAUCAUAAACUAUAGGAGACAUGAUACCGAAGGUCUUCAGGGGUCAAUGAUGCUACUGUGGGCCGCCGCAGGAGUUCCUCUUGGAGUAUACAACAUCGUUGAAGAAUUUAAUAUUGCCUUGAGGAUUCAACCCCAAAUAUUGACCACUCUCAGUUUGAUCACUUGGGCGCAGUGUCUUUACUAUGGAAAGAAAAUUUCUAUCAUGAAAUGCUGCGUCGCUGUCGCAUCCCUUCUUGUGCUACUAGGGGGCAUGCAAACAGGGCUAAUCUUCGGUCUCCAAGCGGCAAAGUCGCAUGAUCUUGAAUGGCCUCUGAUCCUGAUGGCAGUAAUGAGUGCAUGCCUGCUUGCCGCUGGUGUAUUGAGACAUUAUUGGGAUAUAUAUGUCCACCGAACUGUUCGUGGGAUCAGCUUCAUUUUUGUCGGUAUAGAUGCCGCGGGUGACUUGUUUUCUCUUGUCUCUGUUUUAUUCGGAACCACUAUUGAUGCUCUCGGCAUCAUCAUCUAUGGAACCGAAUUAACACUUUGGAUCGGCAUAUUUAUUUGCGGUGGCAUUUUCAAUCUCUUGCCUUGGAUAAGGGAACGCUCCAAGCAGCGAGACGCCGAUUUACAGGACCCGGUCUCUCUGCAUCCAAUGCCAUCGUCAACUUCGGUGUUCAGAACAGCGUCUGGAACCGAGGUUUCGGGAAGACGACCAUGGCAGAGCUCAUCAUGA